CCUUGCUUGGAGCCUCUGGUCAUGUCUUGCCUGCGGCACCGCACGAUACAUGGUGUCAGAAGUGGGAUCAACGCCGACGUCCAGUCUUGGUGAACCGAAGAUUAUACUACAAGACCAGCCCCAUGGACUUCCUGAAGCCACCAGGCCCGCUGAGCUCGGCUGGUGAAAUUGCCAAGAACUGGCAGGCAUUCAAGCAAAGGUUCGAAUUUUUCCUCGCCGCGUCAGAACAGCCAACCGGCAAGCCUCGAACGGAAUCAUGCAAGACAGCACUUCUGCUGAGCGUUGCAGGCGAGGAAGCCAUCGAGAUCUUCAACACGUUCAGCUUUGGCAAAGACGAGAGCAGGAAUGACUACGCCACUGUCAUUGCGAAGUUCGAUGCAUAUUGUGCGGCUCAGCAGAACGAAGUCCAUGAGCGCUACGUUUUCCGUACGCGAGUCCAGGCCCCUGGUGAGCUUUUCGAACCUUUCUUGCGAGACUUAAAGAACCAGGCACGAGCAUGUAACUUUGGCUCCCAAAUGGACGCAAUGAUUAGGGACCAAAUUGUUUAUGGAACUAACGACGAGAAACUUAGAGAAAGGUUGCUGCGGGACACUACGCUGAAUUUAGUGAAGGCUGAGCAGGCUGCUAAAGAAGCGGAAGCGACGGCAGCGCAACAAAAAGCUUGGGCACGAGACGAAAGCCACAUUGACGCGAUGCGUAAGGAACACCCAAGUAAACAAAGUGAGUUGCCCAGGCAUUACAAGUGUCCUAAGUGCGCACGUAUGCACCCGCCACGAAGGUGUCCUGCAUUCGGGAAAACAUGUCGCAAAUGUCAACGCCCCAACCAUUUCGCUAUCUGCUGCAGACGAUUUGCCGAUAUAGGCGAACUUCAGGGCGGUGAAGAUAACUUUGACAUUCUGGACGUGUCAAGCUGCGCACCAAAGCAACACGACUGGACAGUUGUCGGCCAAAUCAAGAACGUACCACUUGAAUUCAAGGUCGACACAGGAGCGCAAGCAAAUCUACUACCUUUCGGUUGCUACCGUAAAAUUCGCCCGAAACCGCCCCUGAAACCAAGCAGCGCGGUGUUACGUUCGUAUGGCGGAGGGGUUAUCAAGCAUGAUGGCGUCAUUCGUGCAGAAUUAGCACUAGGUGACUGUUGCGCCGUCCUCGACUUCUUCGUGGUGUCCAAGGGGCAUCAGGCCAUCCUGGGCUUACAGGCUAGCGAAAAUCUUGGACUUGUGUCACGCAUACACGCAGUAUCUCGAAACAGUUCCGAGGAAGUCGCAAGAAACUUUCGCCACUUGUUCACAGGAACCGGGUGCGUUGAAAGGGUCUAUCGAAUGGUUCUACGUGACGACGCCACGCCAAUCGUCCAAGCAGCCCGACGAGUGCCGCUGGCCCUACAGGAACCCUUGCGAGAAGAACUGGGACGUAUGGAGCGCGCGGGCAUCAUAACCAAAGUCACCGAGCCCACAGACUGGAAGGCCAUUGGCGACAUGCCCCCGAGGUUGCAGCGUUUUUUCCUGCGCCUUCUUCGCUAUGACGUAAAACUUCAUUUCACACCAGGGAAGCAACUGCUUCUCGCUGACAUGCUGUCACGUGCAACAACCGGACCCAUCACGGGAAACGACGUCAUCAACGACGACACUGAAGUGCACGCAGUAAGUGUUGUUUCUUCACUUGUCACCGAUAACACCUGGAAGAGGUUGGCUACGGAAACUAGUCGGGAUGAGGAAUUAAAGCAAGUUCUUGUGGACUUGGCGGCAGGAAAAGCACUCCAAGAUCUACUCCAAUGGAAUCCGGGCCAUCACCUGGCGAAGUACUUCAAGGAAGACGACUACGGACAACGUUGCCCGACGUCCGGCCCUGCCCAGGUCGCAGCGUACAGAAGCAUCGUCAGACCGACCGUUGCAGCCGACGACUACCACCACUCAACCCCCGAGACACGGUACACAUCAGAGAAGGGGAGUGGGCCACCAAAGGUCAAGUCGUUCAAGCUGCGACAUAUCCCCGGUCGUAUAACAUAA